AAUUGUCAAAUUAGAAUCGAAUGCCGCCCAGUCACGAGCCUUACUAACCUGUUGCAUCGAUAGUUGAUUAUCAAGCGGGGUUCCAAGAAGCUAUUUAACCCCCCGCUUCCCCUCCUCCUUCACCGGGGAAUAAUCCGACCCCGCACGACCUCGGCUUUGCACCAAACACCAUGUCCAACAUCCAGGUCGAACGCGGCUCGUUUAAUGUCCCCGUGGGCAAAUUCCCUCAGACCUGCACGUCAACCGAUGUCAAUGCCACCCAGGUCGCGUCGCAGCUCGUCGAGAAGAUCAACACGGCCUUGGCUAAGGGGGAUGUGCAGGCUAUUACCAACUUGUUCCUCGAAGACGGCUUCUGGCGGGAUCAUCUCUGUCUGACCUGGGAUUUUCACACUGCAAAAGGCAAAGACAACAUCUCCAGCCUCCUCCAGUCUGGCCGUCUCCCCAGCAAGAUUGAGAUUGACAGCUCGUCACCCUUCAAGGGACCCUAUGUUGGGCCCAUUGAUGCGUUUGGAGACGUCACGGGAGUGCUGUUUUUCAUCACGCUUUCUGACUCCCUUCGCAAGGGAAGAGGCCUGGUCCGACUGGCGGAGAAGGAUGGCGAAUGGAAGAUUUUCACCUUCUUCACGUCUAUGGUGGGUUUUGUUGACCACCCAGAAGCGGUGGAUCACAAAAGGCCAGUGGGCGCGCAGCAUGGAGAGAACCUGGGUCGCAAGAACUGGCAAGAUCGUCGCACGGCCGAUAUCAAUGUCGAGGGCAAGUCUCCGACUGUCCUGGUCGUCGGUGCCGGGCAGUCUGGCCUUACCAUCGCGGCUCGUCUUAAAAUGCUGAAUAUCGACGUUUUGAUCAUCGACGAAGAGGACCGCAUCGGGGACAACUGGCGCAGACGCUACCACCAGCUGGUAUUGCAUGACCCGGUGUGGUUCGACAAUCUGCCUUAUAUUCCCUUCCCUCCGAACUGGCCUAUUUUCACGCCCAAGGACAAACUCGCCGAGUUUUUCGAGUGCUACGCCAAGCUGAUGGAGCUGAAUGUGUGGACCAAAACGGGCAUCCAGAAGUCCUCGUGGGAUGGCAAAGAGAAAGUCUGGACGAUUGACCUGCAACGGCGCAAGGAGGAUGGCACCGUGGAGACUCGCACCCUCCACCCUCGGUAUAUUGUCCAGGCCACUGGUCAUUCCGGAAAGAAGAACUUGCCCGAUUUCAAGGGUAUUGACUCCUUCCAAGGUGAUCGCAUCUGCCACAGCAGCGAGUUUCCCGGUGCCAACCCCAACUCCCAAGGCAAGAAGGCGGUGGUAGUUGGGGCGUGCAAUUCCGGCCACGACAUUGCGCAAGAUUACUACGAGAAGGGAUACAACGUGACGAUUGUGCAGCGCAGCUCAACCUGCGUGAUUUCGUCGGAAGCGAUCGUCGACAUCGGUCUCAAAGGCUUGUACGAGGAAGACGGCCCCCCGAACGAGGAUGCCGACCUCUACCUCUGGAGCAUCCCGUCCGAGCUGUUCAAGGCGCAGCAGAUCAAGGUCACCCGGCUACAGAACCAGAAAGACCAGGCCACGCUAGAAGGGCUCGAGCGGGCCGGCUUCCGAGUGGACCGGGGUCCGAACGAUGCGGGUCUACUCCUGAAGUACAUGCAACGGGGCGGAGGCUACUACAUUGACGUGGGGGCCAGCCAGCUGAUCGCUGCCGGCAAGAUCCAGGUGAAGCAAGGUCAGGAAAUCACGGAGAUCCUCCCGCACGGGCUCCGGUUUGCGGACGGCACGGAGCUCGCAGCGGACGAGAUUGUCUUGGCCACGGGGUACCAGAACAUGUCGACGCAGGCGCGCAUCAUUUUCGGCGACGAGGGUGCCAAGGUCAAUGAUGUAUGGGGAUUCGACGAGCGAGGAGAAAUGCGCAUGUGGCGUCGGACUGGUCAUCCCGGUCUGUGGCUGAUGGGAGGGAACCUGGCAUUGGGUCGGUAUUACUCGCGAUUGCUGGCGCUGCAGAUCAAGGCCUUGGAAUUGGGGGUGACUUCGUACGAUGGAUAAUACCAAGCUGCUAGUAAUAGUAUAAGACCGACGUCAGGUAUCACGAAAUCCAUAAUGUGUCGCUAUGCAGAAAUGUGCAACCAAAAUGCAACGGCUCGGAGGUAUCUUAUCCGAUCCGACAACACCACCAACUCCCACAAACACCAAACCAUAACCCAGAAACCCAGAGAGAAGAGAAGUCAACAUCACCAAAAACCAAAAGAAGAAAAAAAAAAAAAAAAAAAAAAAAAAAAAAAAAAAAAA